UGUCUCAUGUAGUGAGUUUGCACACACACCACUGUAACAACAGUGAUAUGAUGUCCUCCAAAGUGAAGUGGCUGCUUAUGAUCCAGCUCCUGCUGGUUGACCAGGCUCUGUGCAGGGUCCCUCCUUUUCCGGCGCCAAGAAACAAACUUCUUCCACAAACUGACUUCCAGGAAGACUUAGAGGAGACAGCCAAACAUGAUCAUCUCACUCUCCUUGGAUCCCAGCUCCACCUUGGCCUCACAUCUGCAGAAAAACCUGGUCCUGUAUCAGAGGUUGUGCAAAAAGGGGAGAGAGUUCAUUCUGCAAAACUUAUAAUAUCAGUCCUCAGCGAGAAGCUUCAGGGUCAGAUCCAAGAUCAUCUGCACAUACAGAGGAACAUCAACUGUAUGGAGCUGCUGUCUGCGAGCACUCUGGAUGACACCUCAUCCUCUAUGCUCCCCCAGGAGCUUCUGGGUCUGUCUUUAGUGCCUGUGCUGGUGGUGGCAGGCUGCACACAGGAGGCUCAUACCCUGGUGCUCAAGCUGUAUGAGCUAUUGGGAGUGAAGGAUACUGGGGAGCUCCUGAUGGAGGUGGAGGACCUGAUCGAGAGGAGGAUGAGCAAGUCUGAAUCUACACCUGGACCUGCAUCAUCAUCACUGCCAUCAGAGAGGGAUGAAGCAGGACGCCACAUAGAGGCUGUGAUGUUCAACAUCCAGCAGUUGGCCUUGGUGGGAGAAGGAAGUAUUAAACAGGAGGGGCACUGUGAGGGCUGGAGCAGGGUGAAUGGAACAACACUGGUGGGAACAGCUGUGGAAGGAGCCACAGGUGAUCUAGAGGAGGCUUUGAGCACCUGUGAGGGACUGGGAGUCCUGUGUGCUGGUGUGACUAGCAGUGGACUGCUCAAGCACAGAAAAUACCAGGUCUUGCUUCGGAAAGGUAGUCGCAUCCUGCCCUCUGAAUCCUCCGAGUGUGAGAGUUGGAUCCGUCAGUGCAGCACAGAGGAGGAUGUUUUCACUCCAGCAGGUUCAAGCCGACGGAUGAAGCGAAGCCCACAGAGGAACUGCAUCAACAGGAGCGAGGAGCGUGUGUACAAUGUGAUGGAGUGGAUCCCUGGGGUCAGCACCCUCUAUAACCUCGGCACAGCUGUGUAUUACGCCUCAGUCAACUGCUCUGAAACAGCCAAAGAGAGAGCCAUCCUCAGCGCUGUCGAUCUUGGCACGGACGCUAUCAUGGUGGCGACAGGGGGGGCAGCUGGGGUGGCAGGCUAUGCGCUGGGUGCAGGGGUGAAGACCGGGGUAAAAGCCGGUGUGAGGUAUCUGCUCAGUUCUAUGAAGAAGGAAGAUGAUGUGCUGGUGAACCAGUUCAGCUGGGAAGAGGGUGUCAUCACCGUCCAGUAAAAAAGAAGAAACCAACCUAUGAAGCUUCAACAAUAAAUGUAAUGGGUUAAUGCAUUUUUCCGAUAAGAAUUAACACGUAACUUUUAUGAAAAUAUAAAUAGUGUACAUCAAGAUUUGGAAAGGAAAAAAGCUUUUUGGUCUUCUAACUUCAUUUGACACAAUUUGUCAUGAUACUAACUGUUUUUCUUCAACGAAUGAGAUUACCUUCUGAGAAACAAAGUGUAUUUACAUUUUGUUUGAGUGAAAAGUUGAUUCAUCUCCUAUGCAUUGUAAACAUUUUAAAAAAUACAAGGAAAUGAGCAGGAUCUUAAAGAAGCCUUUGCUUUAAACCGUUUUGCAUUUUCUACAGUGAAUAGUUGAAACAUUUAUCAUGUUAAGCAGUAUAUUUUGAUAAAAAUGGUCUCAGGAAUUAAACACUCAAUCCCGUAACAUUAUAAUUCUAUCCUCCCUCGAGUGUGUUUUCUUCUGUUCCCUCUUUGUCAUCACCCUUGUUGUUUUUCUCUUCUUAAAACACUAUUUCAGCUAAAAGUUACAUUCCCACCUCUGGUGCAAGUGCAGGGACUUUAUUUGUGUUUUGAUCCUCAUUUCCCAAAUGUCAAUAUAUUGUACAAUAAAUCUGUGUGCAUACA